CGGCUAGUCAACAAUUGAGGGUCAUUCCAUCCCUGCCCGAUAACGGUAGUGUCAACUAAACCCCACAGUCUCUCACAGCCGUAUCCACCCCCGCAAAGAUAGGAGGCGAGCCCAUGAGUUGAUACCAGCCGGCUUCACCUUCCGACCCUGUAGAUUGACAGAUAUGGUGUGGCAGGGCGCAUACCACAUCUGCACGUGGAUGAUAGCCAAGGGCCACGCCUGAUAAGAGGGGGCUUCAACACUCCCUUCAACCCAUUCAAGUCCCAUUCCCCCUUCAGCCAGCCUCGUCUCCUAUACCCUUCACCCACCAUGGCUACCGACGUCGAGCGCGCCUCACAGGACCGCGCAAAGGACAUCAAGCCCGCCUCGACAUACGAUGUGACCUCCAUCAAGCCCACGGCGGUAGAGGCCACGCAUGAUCUCGACGCCGCUGAGAUCUUCCUCCGGGAGCACAACUACACGGCCGACCAGAUCGAGGAGCUCCUCGCCGACGGCCCAAGGCAGCGCAGGCUCGUCCGCAAGAUCGACAUGGUCGUCCUGCCCCUGCUCGCCGUCACAUACGUACUGCAGUACAUUGACAAGCAGGCGAUGGGCUACGCUGCCGUCUUCGACCUCUUUGAAAGCACAGGGACCAACCAGACGCAGUACGGAUGGAUGGCCUCCAUCUUCUACCUGGCCUACCUCGUGUCCAACUACCCCUGGGUGGCCCUCGCCCAGCGCACCCGCAUGGGCAAGGUCGUCGCCGGCUGCGUCCUCGCCUGGGGCAGCGUCCUCAUGCUCACGGCCCUGUGCCACAACUUUCCCGGCCUCGCCGCCUGCCGCUUCCUCCUCGGCUUCUUCGAGUCGCCCAUCACCACGUGCUUCAUGAUGACCGUUGCCAUGUGGUACACUCGCUCCGAGUCUCCCUUUAGGGCCGGCAUCUUCUACUGCUGCAACGGCGUCGGGUCCAUGCUCGGCGGCAUCUUCAGCUACGGCAUCGGCCACAUUGAGAGCUUCGCCGUCUGGAAGGCCAUCUUCCUCGUCACUGGCGGCCUCACCGUCCUCUGGGGCAUUGUCCUCCUGCUCUUCUUCCCCGAUAGCAUCCUGACGGCUAAAUUCUUCACCAACGAGGAGAAGGCGCUCCUCAUCGGCCGCGCGCGCCUCGCCAAGACCGGCGUGCUCAACCAGCACAUUCGCUUCUACCAGAUCCGCGAGGCCUUUGCCGACCCCCAGGUCUGGCUGCUCGUCUUCUACACCCUCCUCAACGAGACCGUCAACGGCGGCGUCGCCAACUUUGGCAAGCUUAUCGUCAAGGGCGUCGCCCGCUCACCCAUCGAGGCCACCGCCCUCGGCAUCCCCCAGGGCGCCUUCCAGGUCUUCUGGAUCCUGUCGGGCACCUAUCUCGCCUCCAGGUGGAUCAAGAGGACCACCACCAUGGCCCUGUACCUCGUCCCGACCAUUGUCGGCACGUGCCUCAUGUGGAAGAUGGACAGGCAGACGGACAAUGGCAAGGUCGGCGUGCUCCUGGGCUACUACUGCGUCGGCGCCUACGUCGCCUCGCUCGUCCUCGCGCUGCAGAUGCCGUCCGUCAACCUGUCCGGCUACACCAAGCGCAUCACCGCCUCGGCCAUGGUCUUCUCCGCCUACUGCGCCGGCAACAUCAUCGGGCCCCACGCCUUCCUCGCCGAAGAGGCGCCCCUGUACCCGACCGGCUGCAAGGUCAUCCUCGCCUGCGUCAUCGGCCAGGUGAUCACUGCCGGUGCGCUGAGGCUCCUCCUCGUCAAGAGGAACAAGGACCGCGAGGCGGCGCAGGUCGCCCUCGGCGUGGCGCUGGAGACGCAAGGCGAGGAGGCUGUCGACUUGACGGACUUUGAGAACCCUCACUUCCGCUAUGUCUAUCAGGUGUUUGCAACUUUGGUUAGGACUUUAUGUGUAUGCGUGUUAUCAUUUGGGGGACCUGAAGACAGCUAGUGGUAGCCCGUCUAUGAUUUUCAAUAUGAUUAUGAGCUCCAUCGCUUGUGCUGAAAUUGGCGUCCUUGUAGCGUUGAAGUUAGGGCAGUUGCUGACUACAUG